AUGUCCGCGGAGCCACGGAAGCACAUUGCGUUUGUCCUGGAUGCCUCUCAGCACCGAACAGACGUGACCCAUGUCAGUCUCAGCUGUGGUUCUGGAUGGCUGCAAUACGCCAUGCAGUCGACCAUUGCGGACAAAUUCCUCACCGAUCCAAAGCUGAAAGGCUAUAUUUAUGACUCUGUCAAGGAUGGUAAAUCGCGCAACCUGCUUUAUGCGGGGAAACGCGGUGAAUACAAGAUGGUCUUCAUAUGCGAGGACAUGCUCUGGGCGUAUCGCCUCGAGAUGCACGCGCGCGCAGAGCUGACGAUGCUGCUCUGGGAGCCAUUUCGCAAGUUCAUAAUGGACGAUUACGGCGCGAGGCCAAAGACCUUGAAGAAGGUGUUGGCUCAUCAAGGCUUUGACAUGGUCCUGCACAACGGAUCACAGCUGACACACGACUGCUACGAUGACCUGCUGUGGGGGCCGCGUAACAGUGCACAGAAGGACGAGUAUAUCCGUCGACUUGCUGCGCUGAACGAAGUGUUCCCGGUGUGGCCACCCGUAAAGGAUGUUGUCUCGAGUGGCCGAGUGUUCGACGUGAUGCAGUAUCUUCAAGACAGUCCCAAUGUCAUGGCCGGCAUACGGCAGCCGAGGACCACGAUGUAUACCUCGUCUAAAUCUGGGAAUCAAUUUUACUACAAGCGAGACGGGAGCAUACAUGGCAUUCACGUGAUGCGGGGGCGAGACAAUCCAGGGGACAUUAUAGAACAAGACAUACAGGAAACAGGGGGUCGCUGGCAGUGGGUCGAGCAAGAGAGGGUGUUACCACUCAGCAACGCGGGUCAAAUACGGGUGUUCAUGUCCCAAGGAUACCUGACCCAUGUCAUCCACACAACCCGCGUCGGCUCUAAGCUGAAGGGCACGACAGUGAAGGCUGUGCUCCCGCCGUCGGAAAUUCGGUUACCGCAGUCGGACCCGAACACAGCGUCGAACCUAAGUACAGGCGCAUAUGUCGGCAUAUUCGAACGCGAGGGCGGUUCAGUGGACCUCCGUGCACAGUCCAUGGACGACCUCAUUGACAAGUGCAAUCUCAUUAUAUUAUGUCUUGCAGGGAGGUCAGGGGACGGAGGGGCGUGUUUAAAGAGCUGCACACGGGUGGACUUUGGUCUCAUUAACGAUGAGUGGGGAGGUCUGACAUGGUGUAUUACUGGCGUGAAGUGGGGCUGUGGGAUUGAGCUAUAUGCUUCUGUCGAUCCCGAUCAUACGGUUGUGUUCAUUGACAAUGUCCUCGAUAGUCUCAUAGGACGUGCAUAG